AUGUCUUGGUUCCCCUGGCUCCUCACUCGCUGGCCCUCCCCAGCCCUCUCCCUGCUGCUCCUCAGUGUAGGGGGCAGACAGAUGGGGCUGAAAGUGGUGCAUGCAACAGUGUGCUCCAGGUUGGGUGCACUGAGCAACCAAGGCCUCUCUCAGGACGGUGAUGUGAUUAUCGGUGGACUUUUUAAUCUGUAUUACAUACCUUCGGCUGUCGAGCAGGGCUUCACCAAGCUGCCUCAUUAUAAACCGUGCACUGGUUUAGAUCUAGAGUCAUUAAAAUAUAUAUAUACUAUGGCGUUUGCGGUGGAGGAAAUCAAUCGUAACAACACUCUGCUGCCAGGAGUGAAACUGGGCUAUCGUAUACUUGAUAGCUGUUUCAGAUACCCCUGGGCCCUGCAAGUUGCGCUUUCAUUGGUCGGAGGAAACACACACAGCUCUGGUCAGCCAGUUCCUUUGCUCAUUGGUCCUGGUACGUCAACAACAACCAUAAUUCUGUCCAGGAUCCUGGGGCCUCUCUCUGUGCCACUUAUCAGCUACUUGGCAAGCUGCCCCUGUCUCAGUGACAGGCGUAAGUUUCCUAACGUCUUCAGAACAAUCCCGAGUGAUAUCUACCAAGCCCGGGCUAUGGCACAACUGGCCCUGCGCUUCCACUGGACUUGGAUCGGAGCUGUGAUCGUCAACAAUGAUUAUGGUCAUGUGGCGAUACAGGCAUUUCAGGAAGAGAUUCUAGGGAAAGGGGUGUGUUUGGAAUUUAUAGAGACCGUGCGCAGAGAAACUAUUGUGACUGAUGCCAGACGUGUUGCCCUCACAAUCCAAGCUUCAACUGCGAGGGUGAUUCUGAUCUUCUGCUGGUACACAGAAGCAAAGAAAGUAUUUCUGGAACUGGCCAAGAUAAAUGUAACUGACAGACAGUUUCUGGCCAGUGAGGCUUGGAGCACCAGUGAUGAUCUUCUCCAAGAUCGUGCCAUCUCUGAUGUGGCUGGUGGUGUUCUCGGUGUGGCCAUUCGAAGUUCAACAAUACCCGGAUUUGAAAACUAUCUCACAAGUUUGAACCCAGCUCAUCAUCCUGAUGAUGAAUUCUUACGAGAAUUCUGGGAAAUGCAGUUUGGAUGCACUUUCACUGCACCCUGCAGCGGCAAAGAGUCUCUGGAGGGAGUGCAGAAUCACUUCACUGACACCUCCCAACUAAGGGUUGCAUAUAAUGUCUAUCUUGCUGUUUAUGCGGCAGCCCACGCCCUUCACAGCCUUCUUUCCUGCCCAAACAGAGGCAACUCACCCGGAAACAACAGCUCCACCUGCAGUUCUCCAAAAAACAUCAAACCUAUAGAGCUGUUGCAUCACUUGAAUGACGUGAACAUCACCACACCACAAGGGGAAAUGUUUUACUUCAAAGGUGCCGACAUUCCAGCAAAGUACGACCUUGUUAACUGGCAGAACAGCCCUGAGGGGUCACUCAAACUGGUUCUGAUUGGUCGUGUGGACGGAUCUGACCUCCACCUUAAUGAGUCUGCAAUACAGUGGAGCACAGGAUCCAAUCAGGUGCCUGCCUCAGUGUGCAGUGAGAGCUGCCCUCCAGGCACCAGAAAGGCCAACAGGAAAGGAGAACCUCUCUGCUGCUUUGACUGUAUCCCAUGUGCUGAAGGGGAGAUAAGCAAUCAAACUGAUUCCCUUCACUGUGAACAUUGUCCAUCUGAGUUUUGGUCCAAUGCUGAACAAAAUGCCUGCAUCCCUCGCCAGCUGGACUUCCUCUCCUUUAAUGAAACUUUGGGCAUCACUCUGACUACAGCAGCUGUGUCUGGUGUUGCCGUGACGACAGCUGUGUUAGUGGUUUUCCUUUACUAUCGUCAUACACCUAUGGUGCGAGCCAACAAUUCAGAGCUGAGCUUCCUGCUUCUCCUGUCAUUGAAGCUCUGCUUCCUCUGCUCGCUGGUGUUCAUCGGCCGUCCAUCAGUCUGGGCCUGUCGGUUCCAGCAGGCAGCUUUUGGGAUCAGCUUUGUACUUUGUGUUUCCUGCCUCCUGGUUAAAACCUUAGUAGUUCUUGCUGUGUUCCGCUCAGCCCGGCCUGGUGCUGAAGCCUUGAUGAAGUGGUUUGGUCCAGGCCAACAGAGAGGAAGUGUCUGUCUCUUUUCCUCUAUACAGAUUAUCAUCUGUGCCACAUGGCUAUCCCUCAGCCCCCCUGUGCCUCGACGUGAUCUGGGUUUCCAAGGGUCAAAGGUCACCCUGGAGUGUACCAUGGCCUCAGUGGUGGGCUUCUCUCUGGUUCUGGGCUACAUUGGUCUACUGGCCUGCACCUGUCUCCUCUUGGCCUUUCUUGCUCGGAAACUCCCUGACAAUUUCAAUGAGGCCAAACUGAUCACCUUCAGCAUGCUGAUAUUCUGUGCUGUCUGGGUGGCCUUUGUCCCUGCGUACGUUAGCUCUCCUGGGAAGUACGUUGUCGCUGUGGAAAUCUUUGCAAUCCUGGCCUCUAGCUAUGGUUUGCUGCUCUGCAUUUUUGCCCCGAAAUGUUUCAUCAUUCUCUUCAGGCCUGAGAAAAACACUAAGAAAUACCUGAUGGCAAGGUAGUCUACAGUAUCUACCUUGAAUGUGAGCAUAUGACUCAUUUUCAUAAUUGUCUGGUGCAGAAAAGGCCAUCCUCCUGGAAUCAUCAGUUAUUCAUGUAAAUGUUUUCUGCGAAUACUUUUAAUCUUAACAAUACCAAUUGUUAAUGUGCUUGUAUGAAAUUUACAAACAUCUUGCAGCCACUCAUAGUU